AUGAAGUCAAAGCAGGAGGAUCCAGGCCUUCCACUGGUUUCUGGAGAGAACACCAAACCAAAAGCAGUUACCCAAAAGAAGCUCAAAGACAUUGCAGGUCCCUCAAGUCAGGAACAGAGCAUCAAAACUGAGAUUUAUAAGACAACAGACCAGGCUGCAAAUGCAGAUGCUGCUGAGAGUCAGGACUACUCAUGUUCGGCAGCAUAUGGAAAACGACGUGGAAAAAAAGAAGCAAGUGUUUCAGAAAAGAAUGAGUGUGGAGCCAAAGGAAGAAGCUUUAAACAACCUAGUCGAGGGCAUGGCUUAGGUAAUAGAGCUGGGUACCCAUCUGUCGACAAGAUUGCCAGGGAUAGCCCUUUCUGUCCCUUUUCCUUGGAGACACAAGUCAUGAAGCAGCCCAGAGCUCUACAAGUAGAAAAUAUUACUCCUCAGGAGUUGUUUUCAGAUGAAAAUGACACGAGAAAGAGACUGACUGGUUUAGAUUUUAAAACCAGAAAAGCAUCAAUGUCAUAUAUCAGACCUAAUGACAGGAAAGAGUCCAUGGCUAGUGGUCCAUCACAAUACCUUGAAGAUGGGGCUUCUGGAACUAAGAAGUCAGAUGACAUAACUUCUCUUUCAUCAAUGGUGGAAAACUCUUCUAAAAGCCAAGAAGAUACCAUAUUCUCAGUGACAGGGGAGGCUCAGGUGCAUAUAGAUCCCUCUCAUAUUCAGUCAGAAGACGAAGAAGCUUCCAGCUUUGAUUCAAAAAGUGACCAAUUUGAAAUGAAGUCGGCUCAGGAUAGCUCAACCAUCUGCAAAGAAAAGCCUUCUGGAAAUGUCAUCCAGGCCUUUUCAACAAGUGUUUCGGAUAAGGCAUGUGCUUUGAUAGAGGGAGGAAUUUCUGUAGAGAGGAUGCCUCCCAGAAGUCUUUCCCAAUCUUUGGGGAAGCCGGAAGCUGAAGGAGCCUUCUUAGAUUCAGACAGUAUUUCAGAGGUGGAAAGUGAUUCUGAUCAACAGUUGACGCCUGGAUACGUUUCCCAAUCUUCGAGGAAGCCCAAAGAUGAAGAAUUGCUCUCAGAUUUAGAGAGUGCUUCUUCAGAGAAGGGCAGUGGUUCUGAACAGGAGCCGGAUCCCAAAUAUUCAUUCCAGCCUGUGAAGUCGAAAGAUGAUCAAGAAGCCUUCCCAAAUUCAAACAGUGUUGUUGGGAACUUGUGCAAUUCUUAUGAGCAGCUGGCUGCCAGAUGUGCUUCCCAGGCUUUGGAGGAGCCUGAGGACAAAGUGCCCUCAGAAUCAAAUAGUAAUUCUGCAAAAUACAGUAAUCCUAAGGAUUUGAGCAGUUCCAAGGGAGAUAUGCCUCCCAAACAUCCUUCCCCGGUGUUGAAGAUGCCCACAGCCCAAAAGGAAAUCUUGGUUUCAAAGAACACACUUCAGGAGUCAGGUGUAUCUAUGGAGCAGACUCCUCCCAGAAACCUUCCUCAGCCUUCUGUAAAGCCAUCUGUUCAGCAGCAACUCUCCUCAGAUUCAGGGAAUGCUUUUUCAGAAUGGAUGUCAACACCUCCCAUGAACUUUUUCCAUUCCUGGCUGAGCCCUAAAUCUGAGGAACAAGCCUCUGCAGGUCAAGCAAGUAUUGCUCCUGAGUGGGGCAUUUUUAUGGAGCCACUGCCUCCCAGAAAGCAUUCAAGGCGCCUAAUGAAGCAUAAAAUUGAGCAACCAAUCUCCUCAAGCCCAGAAAUUGCUAUUAUUGAAGGGACCACUUCUACGGAUCUGAAGCCUUCAAGAAAUAAUUCUCAGCUUCCAGUGAAACCAAUAGCUGCACAAGAAAUCUCUGCAGGUCCAGAGAGCACAGCUGUUAAGAGGAGCAUUUCUAUGGAGCCUCCUUCUCCUAACAUUUUAGCCCAGCCCAUGAUGAACCCAACAGUUGAACAAAGUGUGUUCUUAAGUUCAGAGGGUGCUGGUAGGAUCAUUUUAAUGGAGUCAAAAUUCCCUGAUUGCUUAACAAAUCCUCAAGACAAGCAUGUAUUCUCAGAGAACGCUGCUAGAAAUAAGGACAUAUUUGUGGAACCCCUGUAUCCAAACUUCCCUGGUCAGCCACAGAUUAUUUCCAGUGACCCAGGGAGUGUGUCCACAGGAUGGAGUCAUCCUGUGGUGGCUCCCAGACACACAAAGGGCUCCUGGGUGAUCACCAGCUUUGAACAACAACCAUCUGCAAGUCCAGAGAGCACUGCUGUGGAGUGGGGAAAUCCCAGAGAGCCACUACCUCCCAAAAUGCUUUAUCAGUCCCUAAGAAGACCAGUUGCUGAGCAAGAAGUCUCAGGUUCGAUAAGUGCUCUUAAAGAAUGGAGUGGUCUUGUGCAGCGGAAGCCUUCUCGAUAUACUUUGCAGCCCUGGGAGAGCCCUAAAUUUGAGCAAAAAACCUUUGUAGGUCCAGAGACUCUGCCUCCCAGAAAGCCUUCACAGCAUCAGAUGAAAUCAGUAGUCAAACAACCAACCUCUGCAGGUCCAAAGAGUGUUGCCAUUGAGGGAGACAGUUCUACAGAGCAGCUGCCUCCCAGACAUUGGUCCAUUGUGAGACAUAAAAUCCAGAAAAUGAUGCCAACUUCUGAGAAUGCUGCUGUUGGGUGCAUUUCUGAGAGGCCACUGCCUAUCGAAUAUCCCACCCACUUCUCAAAGCCUAACAUUCAAGAAAUAUCCUUACAUACAGAGAACCCUGCUGUUGAAGGAAGCAUGUCUAAGAAGUCACUGCAUACCAAAUGUCCUUCUCAGUCAUUUGUGAAAUUUAUGGCACAGCAUGUCUUUUCAGAGAGCCCUAAUGUGGAGGAGCAGGUUUAUGUGGAUCCUCUGUCUUCUAAUCAACCUUCCAAAUAUUUGUUGAGGUCUACAGUUGAGCACCAAGUUUUCUCAGGUUGUGAGAGUGCUGAUAUCGAGGGAGGCAUUUCUUCAAAGCUGCUGCCUACGAAAUGCCCUUCACAGUCCUUAGGGAAGCCUGAAUACCCACAAGGAGUUUUCUCAUAUUCAGAAAAUGCUCCUGUUAAGUGUAGCUAUCCUCAAGAGCAGCUGCUUCCUGGAUACCUUUCCCAGGCAUGGGGGAAGCUUAAGUAUGAGCAAGAAGUAUCCUCAGUUUCUGAGAGCUCUCUUAAAGAAUGGAAGAGUUCUGAAGAGCAGCUGCCUUCCAAAUGCCCUAUCCAAGCUGAGGAUGGGGCUGAAUUCCAGCCACAGAUUUCUUCAACAGGCUCAGUGAGUGUACCUGUAGAGAGGAGUAGUGCUGAGAAUCGUUUGCCUGCCAGACACCCUUUCCAGGCUUUUACAGAACCUCAAUAUAAGCACCAAGUUUAUUCAAGUUCCACGAGUGCUGCUGCCAAGGGAGCUAUUUCCGAGAGCAAUCCUAGCAGCUGGUCCCUCCCAAGCAAAACUAGGGGACACAGCCAAGAUUCUGAAGAUCUCUUCAAGGACAUCUCAACUCCUGCUACCAAAUCUGUGAAGUUCACCCUUGCUCCUGCCUGGCCACCAAUCACUUCUGGGGACACUUACUCUAAGGAGGAUGUUCUUGAGAGUAGUGAUCAAAAUAACGACUAUUCAAAUUUAUCCACCAGUGAGGCUGAUGUUGAAAACCUCUUUGGAGUUCGACUGAAAAGGAUCCCUUCCUCACAGAAGUACAAGAGUAAUGAACAAAACAAUUCUACCAUGCUUCCUUCACUCUCCGUAGGCCCAGUUUCAUCUUACACAGAUAGAGAACCACAAAUCAUAAGUGCUUCCCAGGGGCUCCUGGGCAUCACCAAGAACCUUACCACAACAUCUGAUGUUGCAGAGAAGCAAAAGAGCAAGCCCAAAUCUGACAGCAUGCCCAAGAAGAAACCUGAUUACAAGAUCCCAGGAAAGGCUCCUGGUAAACAGUCAGGUUCUGCCACCUCAGAGCCACCUUGGAUAACCAUGGUCAAGGAGAAGCAGAAGAAUUCCCCGACCCAGGUUCCUACAAAAGAGCUGAAAACCAAGAAUAAAGCUGGAGCAAAGGCUGGCACUAAGGUGCCUAGAAAUGAGGGAGCUGACCUUGCAAAACGAAGCCAACAAAGAGAGAUUUCUACUUCCAAUACCAAUAGACAGCAGAAGACGGCACAGAUUAAGAUACAUGUCUCUACCAAAACAGUGGUUCCAAUAGGAUAUGAAAAUGAGAAGAUAAUUCAAAUGCCUGCCAUGAGAAAAGAAACCAGACAAUCUUCAGCUCACCCAGCCAUGUUCAAAGAGCCAGAUGAGCCAAUCUGGUUCUCCAUGGCCAAGAAGAAAGCCAAAGCAUGGAGCCAAAUAACCGAAACCAUGCAAUAA